UCAACGCCAUCCGAGAUAUCCCGAACGACCGGUGGAGUCAUUGGCAUUGCCAUGUGUUAAGCGCGUCAAACACUACAUAGUGGAGCUCCGGCUAUUGCUCUUGCAUCCCACCUUGACAAGCACCGAAAAUGCAUGCAGUUCAGCGCCAUUUUCAGCUACGGUCGCCGGUUAACCAGAGGGUGUGGUCUGUGUAUGCCGCACGGCUAUUCAGUACCUCUGUGUCGAGAGACAAGCAGCGUCUUGUCAUCCUUGGCUCGGGAUGGGGAGGAUAUCAAGUUCUCAGGAGUGUUGACAAGAAACGCUGGGAUGUUACCAUACUAUCGCCCACGAAUGCAUUCAAUUUCACACCCUUGCUUGCGGGUUGUGCAGUAGGGACACUGGAGUUUCGAUGUGCCGUUGAACCGGUCCGACGAUACUCUCCGCAAGUGACGGCCUACCAAGCGUGGUGUGAUGCCAUAGAUUUCAAGGAAAAGACUUUGACAUGCAUGCCCGCUACGCCACCGCUACCGUUCGAAAAAUCAUCAGCUCCCCCGGUAGAAACGACGACAACAGAAACGAAGUUUCCGGGCACAGGAACCUCUUUUACCCUCAAGUAUGACAAACUCGUUAUAGCGGUUGGCGCCUAUUCCCAAACUUUCAAUGUCCCGGGCGUGAAAGAGUACGCUCACUUUCUUAAGAACGUACGGGAUGCUAGAUCCAUUAGGACGCGUAUCCUCGAAUGCUUCGAGCAGGCGAACCAGCCCAUCCUUUCAGACGUCCAACGACGAAACCUGUUGCAUUUCUGUAUAGUAGGGGGUGGGCCCACUGGCGUCGAGUUCGCAGCUGAGUUGCACGACCUUCUGCACGCAGAGAUAGCGGAUCACUAUCCUGGGCUGGCACGCAUGUCCAAGAUUACUCUCUAUGAUGUCGCGCCGUAUAUUCUUGGCUCAUUCGAUAGAUCGCUCUCGAACUAUGCAGAAGAAAAGUUCCGUAGAGACGGAAUCGAUAUCAAGACAAAGCAUCAUGUUGAGAGAGUCGAGAAUGAUAAGAUGAUCGUCAAAGAACAGGGAGAAGUUCCAUUUGGAAUGCUUGUCUGGAGCACAGGUCUGGCUCCGAAUCCCUUGAUUCAGACCAUUCAAUCUGUGCAGAAGCAUGAGAAAACCCAAAGUUUGCUGACGGAUGAACAUCUAAACCUCAUCUUGAAAGACGGAAGAGUUGACCCAGAUGUUUGGGCUAUUGGGGAUGCGGCAAUUAUCAAAACGGACAUUUUACCUGCUACCGCACAGGUGGCCAACCAAAAGGCGAAUUAUCUUUCCAGGAAGCUGAACAGGAUCGUCCGCGGAAGGGAACAUGACAAACCAUUCGAGUUUCACAAUCAGGGAAGUCUAGCGUACCUUGGCGAUUGGAAAGCCAUAUAUGAUCGGUCGCAUGCUGAAUCAGGGAUCAAGGCGCGGGAGACAGGCAGGCUAGCAUGGCUCUUGUGGAGGUCUGCAUAUUUCACGAUGACUCUGAGCCUAAGGAAUAAGAUUUUGGUGCCGACAUACUGGUUCUUAAACUGGAUAUUCGGGCGCGAUCUCACUCGGUUCUAACCAUUCGUGUCCAGUUGUCCAUUGCAUGCACAUGGAUCUAAUAGGUGCCUGCUGUGCUAUCUAAGACGGCCGCGAAACGUGCUCGUUAUAGAUUACCACCCGGAUCAUAUCUCACUGUUACUAUCAAGAUUUGGACACCUCAACUCAUGCCUUGUGCUUUUGUGUCCACGCUUAGACCUCGUCUCCAUUCUUCACACACCAUCCACAACGUACUAUCCACACUCAACUAGUACUGCUUACUGCAAUUCUCCUAUUCUCACAGGUAAUGAUCAUCAAUAUGUCUAUAGUA